AUGGCAUCUGGGCGGGACAUGAUGGCCCCUAUUUCUCUGGUAGAAAAUGACAAUGUGCAACUGUCAGUGAACCAGGAAGCUAUAGAGACUCUUGAGAAGAUUUCUCAUCCAGUGGUGGUAGUAGCCAUUGUAGGACUGUAUCGUACGGGUAAAUCCUACUUGAUGAACCGUCUUGCAGGACAGAACCAUGGUUUCCCUCUGGGCUCCACAGUGCAGUCUAAAACCAAGGGCAUCUGGAUGUGGUGUGUACCCCACCCUUCCAAAUCAGACCACACUCUGGUCCUUCUGGACACUGAGGGCCUGGGAGAUGUUGAAAAGGGUGAUUCCAAGAAUGACUCAUGGAUCUUUGCUUUGGCCGUGCUUCUGUGCAGCACCUUUAUCUAUAACAGUAUGAGCACCAUCAACAACCAGGCCCUGGAGCACCUGCAUUAUGUGACAGAGCUCACACAACUAAUCAAAGCCAAGUCCUCUCCCAGCCCUGAUGGAGAAGAAGAUUGCGCAGAAUUUGUGGCUUUCUUUCCAGACUUUAUAUGGGCUGUACGGGAUUUCACCCUGGAGCUAAAGUUAAAUGGUCAUCCUAUCACAGAAGAUCAAUACCUGGACAAUGCCUUGAAGCUGGUUAAAGGCAAGAAUAUGAAUGUACAAAUAUCAAAUUUAUGCAGAGAGUGCAUCAGGGAAUUCUUUCCAACAAGGAAGUGUUUUGUCUUUGACCGACCAACAAAUGACAAAAAACUCCUAGCUGAUAUUGAGAAUGCGUCUGAAAACCAACUGAAUCCUAAAUUCCAGGAAAAAACAAAAGAAUUCUGUUCUUACAUCUUCACCAAUGCAAAAACCAAGACACUCAGAGAGGGAGUCCCAGUCACUGGAAAUUGGCUGGGAAAGUUGGUUGUGACCUACGUGGAUACCAUCAACAGUGGAGCUGUACCUUGUUUGGAGAAUGCAGUCAUAUCUCUGGCCCAGCUGGAGAACUCAGCAGCUGUGCAAAAGGCAGCUGACCACUACAGUGAGAAGAUGACCCAGCGACUGAGCCUCCCCACAGACACGUUCCAGGAGCUGCUGGAGGUGCAUGCAGCCUAUGAGAAGGAAGCCAUUGCCAUCUUCAUGGAGCACUCCUUCAAGGAUGAAAAUCAUGAGUUCCAGAAGAAUCUUGUGGAAAUCAUAAAGAAUAAGAAGGAGGAUUUUGUGUUGCAGAAUGAAGAGGCAUCUGUCAAAUACUGCCAGGUUAAACUUGAUGAGAUUUCCAAGACCCUAAUGGAAAGUAUUUCAGCGGGCACUUUUUCUGUUCCUGGAGGUUAUGAACUCUACAGGAAAGCGAAGGAAAGGUUUGAACAGGAUUAUCAUCAAGUGCCCAGAAAAGGAGUGAAGGCAAAUGAAGUCCUCCAGAGCUUUCUUCAGUCACAAGAAGCAUUAGAGAAAUCCAUCCUGCAGGCAGAUAAAGCACUCACUGAUGGGGAGAAGACUGCAGCAGAAACGCGGGCCAGGAAUGAAAUAGCUGAGAAGGAACAGGAGCUGCUGAAACAGAAACUGCAGGAGCAGCAGCAGGAGAUGGAGGCACAACAGAAGAGUUUCCAGGAAAACAUAGCCCAGCUGACAGAGAAGCUGGAGAAUGAAAGAGAAAACCUACUGAGAGAGAUGAAUAUGAUGUUGGAGCAUAAGCUGAAGGUCCAAGAAACUCUGCUUAAUGAAGGUUUUAGAGAGAAAUCUGAGUUGAUGAGUGAAGAAAUAAAUCAGUUAAAAAAUAUGAUUGAUGAUACUAAAGAAGAGGAUACUCCCUGGGUUACAAAAGCCUUGGACAAAUUUGGUGAUGAGCUCACUUCAAUAUUGAGUUCUCCAGCUAAACUUCUUGGGCAGAUUGUGAAAGGGGUAGGCUCUUUAUUUAAAAAUAAAAAGACAAAUGAGGUCCUCCAGAACUUCCUGCAGUCUCAGGUGGCAAUCGAGAAAUCCAUCCUGCAGUCAGAUAAAGCCCUCACUGACGUGGCAAUGGCCAUAGCAGAGGAGGGAGCCAGGAAGGAGGCAGCUGAGAGGGAAUGCGAAUUACUAAGACAGAAUCAAUACGAGCAGCAACAGCAGAUGGAAACUCAAGACAGAAGUCUCAGGGAAAACAUAGCCCAGCUGAGACGGAAGCUGGAGAGAGAAAGAGAAAACUUUGAGAAAGAGCAGGAAAGGCUACUGGAACACAGGCUGAAGGGAGUCAUGAUUGUUGAACAGUUAAAAAAUCAAAACUUUCUUCCAUAUAGCAUGCCCUUUCUCUCAUCUAGUACACUAUUAGGCCACGUGGGCAUGCAUAGAUAUUUCCUCACACUGGGAAAUGAAAUUAGAAUUAUGAAGAAACCAAACUUAUGUGAAAGAAUUUAA